AUGCAUUAUGUUCUCCCUUAUCCACACUUCCUCUUGCAAAUCACAGAGAGGGCAAAGGUGGAAGCUGCCAGCUUCAGCGACUUGAAAAAGGAGCACAACCUUGAUCAGGAGACCAUACAGCAGUGGGUGUAUGAUGUCAGGCAAUGGGCGGUCACAGAUAGCAACCGGGCAAGGCAAAGAAAGAGGAAGAGAAUGACAGAGCUGCAGAAGAAGCUUUGCGAAAAGGUUGUGCAAUACAACACCGGAGUGCAGGAAGAACAGAUUGACGAGGAGUUGGCUUGCAGUCUGACAGCGGGCUACAUCCUACCAUGGGAGAGGCAUGAAAAUGGCAACACCUUCAGGUUGAAAAGAUCUGUCUUUGACCGGGUAAUGCUGGUCAAACGUUUGGAGGAGAAGCAGAGCAUCCUGGUGAAAGAGAUGUCGCAGCACAUCAUGUUCCUUCUGAAGGAAGUGCAAGAAGUGGAAGCACUCAGAGGACAGACUUUGGAGGGCAUCAAAACCAGCAAUUUCGGUGACCUGACAGAAGAUGCUGCACAUGGGCUCAAGAGUGUCCUCAGUCGGAGGUGGCACUUCCUCAAAAGCCAACACAAACAGGCUGUACAUGCGUACAGUGCUAUAGAAUGCCAUGAUCUUGAAUUACAGCAGGACAUUGAGGAGUCAGAUGACAAUGACUACACUAGCCCUGAGUCUGAGGAAGAAGACCUGUAAAGGUU